AUGGCUCGGUUCGUCGAUUUGGAAGUGGAAGAAGGCGGUGACGACGCCCAGGAUCCCAGUAGUCGCUUCGUCGCUGUGCCGCCGCCACCCGGCGCCGGCGUCGAUGACUCCGCUGUCACUACUACGCCGACCGUCUGCAACGCCGUGACCCGCGCCUUUCAGUGCUACCCCAUCGUCGUCGGAGUCGUCUCCCACAUCGACCUGACCACGCUCGACGCCCUCGCCCGCGCAAGCCGCCUGAUCCACAUCGGCCUCGUGCAGUACCGCGCCGCCCUCGUCGCCGCCACCCUGCGCUGCGCCAACGAGCACCUCGCCGUGGACCCGGACGCCACGCUGCGCUUCCGCGUCGCCCGCGCCGAGGUCGCCGGGUCGUCGUCCAAGACGAGCCGAGGGCUGGCGGCGAGCACACUCCGCGAGCGCCACCGCCGUCUCUGCGCGCCGUGCGCCAAGGCGCCCCUCGAGCGCGUCGCCUGUCCUGGCCUCGACAUGGGCUUGCCGGGCAGCGCUGACGCUAUGCGUCGCUCGCUGUGUGACUGCGAGUCUGGCGGCGUCUGGCUGUGCCAGCCCUGCGGUCGCGACAUCCGCAACGCGGACCACGACUACCUCCGCAUCUGGCGCUGGAGGAACCACUACGGCGAGGUCCUCGGGUGUCUCGGCACCGGCAUCGGUGACGCCGACCGCGGCGUCAUAUGCGGCCGCGAGGAGCGCUGCCUCGCCGCGCGCGAGCGCGAGCAGGAAGUCGACUGCGACGCCGAAGACGCCCGCAGCAGCAGCUCCAGCAGCCGCACGCCCUCGACUGCCUCGGAACACCAGCCCGCCACCCCUCCCGGCGGCACCACCACCGGCGGCUCCUACUUUCCUACCGUGUUCAGCGGCACACCGCCGGACCCAAACUCCAUCGAGGCGCUCGUCGCCGAGUACGCGCGCACCCCGUCGCCGCCGCUGUCGCUCGGCCCCGGGUACGCGCGCCACGAGAUCGAGGGCAUCGGCGGCGUGGUCAAGCGCAAGCUGGUGCGCAUGGUGCGCGUCGGCCGGUGCGUGCCGGAGUGGGAGGAGGAGCGCGCGUCGGUGGCGCGCGUGCUGGGUCGCGAGGCGCGCGGCGAGGCGCGCUCCUGGUGCGGAUGGUGCUGGCGCGUGGUGCCCGGUCGGCGCGACCUGCUGCCCGGCGGGGACGGUGCCGGUGACGGCGGAAGCAGCUUGCCGGUGCGACCGACACAGACGCAGAGUCGGCCCCCGCUCAUGCCGGUGCGCGCGCGUGCCUAA